AUGUUGUAUUCUAGUUUGAUCUUGAUUUUUAUCCAAUAUUUUUAUAUUUUCGAACAAUGCCAUGGCCAUGGUUAUUUAGCUGAUCCACCGGCACGUAGUUCAGCAUGGUUAUUUGAUGCUGAUUUUGCAACAUGUUGUCAAUAUUACAAUCAUGCGCAAAUGUCUUGUGGUGGAGCUUAUUAUCAAUGGGCUGUUCAAGGAGGAAAAUGUUCAAUUUGUGGUGAAGCUCACGAUAUCAAACCCCGUUUACUUGGUAGAGGUGAUGCUAUGUAUUUAGGUAAAAUUGUUCGUACAUAUAUUGAAGGUUCAUUUAUUCCUGUUACAGUUGUUUUAACAGCAAAUCAUAGAGGAGUAUUUGAAUUUCGUUUAUGCAAUAUUGAAAAAAACAAUCUAAAUGAAGAUGCGACACAAAGUUGUCUUGAUUUAAACCUAUUAAAUAUAGUACAUGGUUCAACAAAAUACUUUGUUGAACCUACAUUUACUACAAUACAUGUUAAUGUAUCUUUACCAGCUAGUCUAACAUGUAAUCAUUGUGUAUUUCAAUGGAAAUAUAUUACUGGUAAUAGUUGGGGAGUAGCAAAUGGAAAAGCUUGUGUUG